ACCGGGCAGGGGGGUCUCCCGGCCGAGCAGCAGCGGAGCCCACCACCCUUCCCAAACGCGCGCGCGCGCACGCACACCCACCACCACCGACACCGCCACCACCACCCGGCCGAGGCCACCCGGGACGGCGACGGGCCACCAUCACCAUCAUCAUCAUCAUCACCACCACCACCACCACCACCAUCCCCCCGGAGGUCGCGCCACCCCAGCGGGCCCGGUCCUUCCCCCGGGCUUCCCGCGUUCAUGCAACGCCUGGUGGCCUGGGACCCAGCAUGUCUCCCUCUGCCGCCGCCGCCACCGCCCGCUUUUAAAUCCAUGGAAGUGGCCAACUUCUACUACGAGGCGGACUGCUUGGCUGCUGCGUACGGCGGCAAGGCGGCCCCCGCGGUCCGCGCCGCGCCGCGCGCCCCGGCCGCCGAGCUGGGCAGCAUCGGUGAGCACGAGCGCGCCAUCGACUUCAGUCCUUACCUGGAGCCGCUGGGCGCCCCGGCCCCGGCCCCGGCCACCGCCGCCGCCGCCGCCGCCGCCGCCACGGACGCCUUCGACGCGGCUCCGCCCGCGCCCGCCCCCGCGCCCGCCUCCUCCGGCCACCACGACUUCCUCUCCGACCUCUUCUCCGACGACUACGGCGCCAAGAACUGCAAGAAAGCGGCCGACUACGGCUACGUGAGCCUGGGCCGCCUGGGCGCCGCCAAGGGCGCGGCCAUCCCGCCCGGGUGCUUUGCGCCUCUGCCGCCGCCGCCGCCGCCUCCUCCUCCUCCGCCGCCGCCGCCGUCGUCGUCGUCGUCUUCUUCUUCCGAGCUGAAAGCCGAGCCGGGAUUCGAACCCGCGGACUGCAAGCGUAAAGACGAGGCCGCGCCGGGCAUGGCUGCCGGCUUCCCGUUUGCACUGCGCGCUUACCUGGGUUACCAGGCCGUGCCGAGCGGCUCGAGCGGCAGUCUGUCCACGUCGUCGUCGUCCAGCCCGCCGGGGACGCCGAGUCCCGCGGACGUCAAGGCCCCCGCGAACGCCUGUUACCCCGGGGCGGCGCCGGCGCCCGCGCCCGCGCCCAAGAGCAAGGCCAAGAAGGCCGUGGACAAGCACAGCGACGAGUACAAGAUCCGGCGCGAGCGCAACAACAUCGCCGUGCGCAAGAGCCGCGACAAGGCCAAGAUGCGCAACCUGGAGACGCAGCACAAGGUGCUGGAGCUCACGGCCGAGAACGAGCGGCUGCAGAAGAAGGUGGAGCAGCUGUCCCGGGAGCUCAGCACCCUGCGGAACUUGUUCAAGCAGCUGCCCGAGCCGCUGCUCGCCUCGUCGGGACACUGCUAGCGCGCGGGGACCCGGGCGCCCGCCCGCUCGCCUCCCCUCCGGCCCCUCCGAGCAGAGCGCCUGGGAGGGUGGACUCGAACUCGGCUCCCCGGCCUCCCUCCCGUGCCUCCCUCCCUCCCUCCCUCCUUCCCUCCUGUCCUUCCCUCCUUCCCGCGCCGGGCCGGGCCGGGCCGGCGGGGCGGGCCGCUUUCAAAGUUGAUGCAAUCGGUUAAACGUGGCUGAGCGCGUGUGGACACGGGACUGACGCAACCCACGUGUAACUGUCAGCCGGGGCCCUGAGUAAUCGCUUAAAGAUGUUCCUACGGGGUUCUCGCUGUUGAUGUUGUUUUUGUUGUUGUUG